AUGGGGACCAUGAGGUUUGAUAUUGAAAAAUUCACGGGUGAAAACGAUUUUGGGCUAUCAAGGAUUAAGAUGAGGAGGAAGACAAAGAUUGUCCAGAAGGACAUUAUUCAGAAAGCUCAUAGUGCCUUAAUCCUCUCUCUUGGAGAUAAAGUUUUGAGAGAUGUGGCCAGUGAGGACACUGCUGCGGGGCAUUUUAAGAAAAAUUGCCCUGAAAGGAAAAACAAUUUUGAGAAUAAACCUAAAGAGGCAGGGGAUGCCUCUGUGGUGUUAGAGGGAUAUGAGAGUACUGAGAUUCUCACUGAUAUACCUUCAGAGGCAGGAGUUCUUAGAGUUACAAAAGGUUCUCUAGUUAUUAUGAAAGUGAUUAUUAAAAAUGAUUUAUACACACUACUUGGAAAAACUAUGGUUGGGGAAACAUUCCCUACACAGAACACUGGAGAAAACCAAGCAGUGCUAUGGCAUAGGAGACUUAGACAUGUAGAUGGACUUGGUAGGUACAUGUGCGUUAUAAGCAGGGAUGUGAUCUUUAAUGAGUCUCAGAUGGCUCGGGUACAGGGAGAUAUACCAAACCUAGAAGCUGACAACUCCUUUAAAGGGGUUGCAGGAAAUGUAGACACAAGGAAGUCCUUAACUGGAUAUGUGUUCACUGCUUUUGGGGGAGCUAUCAGCUGGAAAUCACACUUACAAUCUGUUGUAGCUUUAUCUACCACAGAGGCUGAAUAUAUAGCAUUGACUGAAGCUGUAAAAGAGGCCAUAUGGUUAAAAGGUAUUGCAAGUGAGUUAAACAUUUACAAUGACAAUAUCACAGUACACCGUGAUAACCAAAGUACACUACACUAA